AUGAAGUUUUCUAUCGUCCUCCCUAUCGCGGCUAUUCUCUCUUUCGCCGCGGCGCAGAGUAUUCCGGAUUGUCUUGGCAACUGCGUGGAAUCCAGCACGAUCUGUGGCGACGGUGAUGUUAACUGCUACUGCACCAAUGCCGGUUUCCAGCAGGGUGUGGUGGACUGUUUGAAUAAUAAUGGGUGUGGGGAUGAGGUGCAGGCUGGAGUCGAUCUUCAGAAUGAGAUUUGCGGGUCGUCUUGAUCAUUGAGUGAACAGUGCUCUGAGGGAGG